AUGACUCUACAGACCAGAGUUCAUUACAUCUCGUGGCCCAUUCUUUUCUCUAAACUUCUUCCACUAGUCCUGUUGUUGCUCUUCCAGGCCAGAUGGGGGUGCUGUCACCCCCAGUGUUUGGAUUACAAGCCUCCCUUUGGGCCUCAGCAGCCACUGGUCUUUUGUAAAGAAUACACCAAGUUUGGCUGCUGUGAUCUGAACAAGGAUGAAGAAAUAUCAAGCAGGUUUUACACCAUCAUGGACAACUUUGACCAUUUGGGUUUCACAACAUGUGGGAAAUACAUCCGCAGCAUCCUCUGUCAGAGCAUUCUGGCUGUUGCAGUUCCCAUACCACCCUGUGAUGCAGCCUGUCAGCAGGCUCUCAAUGAUACACCUAUAAGUUUGUCAGUACUUCUUGGCAAAGUGCUGCGGAUUGACGUGGACAACAAUGACGAUGGUGCUCCUUACAGCAUUCCCUCUGACAACCCAUUCUUGGGGGAAGCAGGGGCACUUCCUGAGAUUUAUGCGUAUGGCGUUCGCAACAUGUGGCGGUGCUCCAUUGACCGCGGCGAUCCGGUUACAGGUGCAGGCAGCGGCAGGAUGUUCUGUGGCGACGUGGGCCAGAACAAAUAUGAAGAGAUAGACCUCAUUGUGAAAGGAGGAAACUAUGGCUGGAGGGCCAAAGAAGGCUUCAGCUGCUACGACCGAAAGCUCUGUCUAAACUCCUCUUUAGACGAUGUCUUGCCCAUCUUUGAUUACCCCCACAAGUUGGGCAAAUCAGUGACAGGAGGAUACAUCUACAGAGGCUGUCAGAUGCCCAACCUCAACGGACUUUACAUCUUUGGAGAUUUCAUGAGCGGGCGUCUGAUGUCUCUGAAGGAGGACAUGGCAACAGGUGAAUGGCAGUACAAUGAGAUCUGUAUGGGACGAGACCAAACCUGCAGAUUUCCUAAACUCAUCAACACUUAUUACAGAUACAUCAUCUCCUUUGCUGAGGAUGAAGCAGGUGAAAUGUAUUUCUUAGCCACGGGAGUCGCGAGUGCCACAGCCAGAGCGGGAGUCAUCUAUAAGAUAGUGGAUCCUUCCAGACGAGCACCACCAGGAAAAUGCAGCAUCAAGCCUCAUCCUGUUAGGGUUAAAGGCAAACUCAUUCAUUUCCACCCCAAAGAAGAGUUUGUCAUCAACAAGAAACCGACCACAACGCCUGUUCCCACAACAACUGCAAAAACUACACCUAAAGCUCCAACAAUAAAAAAACAGACAAUAAGAAAAACCAUAAUAAUAAGAAAACCACCAAUGCCCACAAGGCCAACGAGAAAACGACCGCCUGCGUCACCGACCAAAGCUGCAAGAAAAACAACGAGCAAGACGACAAGUUCAGCCAUUAAAGCGACACUAAAACCAACAGCAGCCACAACCGUAAAACCAACCGCUGUCCAGACGGGAACGGCAUAUCCCACGACAACUGCAUCGACCGGUUACCGUGCUACCGUCAUGACUGCAGCUAGGAUCUCUCAGACCUCAAUCAUCACCACACCUCAAACAAAGAAAAACAGUAGACCACUUCAGUACUUCACUGGUGCAACCACCCUACCUUUAAACAUCCCACAGCCUCCUCCUCCAACUCCAACCACGUCUCUGAAACGGUCUCAGACUGCUGUGGUUUCUCGAUCCCACCAUAAAUAUCCUGUAGUGUUGACCACAACAUGGGCUCCAUAUUUUAGCCAGAAGCCCCAGAAAACACCAGCCAGCACCACAGAUCCCAGAGCACGGGAAGACAAACUGUCGCCUGGAAAAAGCCUGGAAAGUGCUGGAGAGGGCAACCAAGUAAAAACGAGACCCAGAGGUAGGGGUCGUGGUUCCAGAAGAGGAGGGAAAAGACUGCCAGCUGGUUCAGUGCGACUUGUAAGCGCUGACGGUUUGUUGGAUCGAGGAAGGGUGGAGAUCUUCAUCCGAGGGGAGUGGGGAACGGUGUGCGAUGACCUUUUCACCAGCAAAGCGGGUUUGGUUGUGUGUCGACAGCUUGGCUUCACGACUGCACUCGCUGUGAUGAAGAGGGCUGUGCUGGGAGCGGCUGACAGCAGAGUCAAGAUCCUGCUGGACGAUGUGGAGUGUGAGGGUGGAGAAAGAUCUCUGCUGGACUGCAAGAGGUCAAAGGUGGGGAAACACAACUGUUCACACGAAGAAGAUGUUGGGGUGAUUUGUAGUUAA